AUGGAGAACAGAGCAGCUAAUCUCACUGCCAAGAGAAGGAAAGCCAAAGGGAGCCUCAAGUCAUCAGAUGGUAUAUUCUACACUGUAAUUGUCCUGGGAACCCCUGCAGAAGAAGAUGGUGGUGGCAAAAUUGAUUUAAUUGAAGCAGGGGCUUUUACAAAUCUUGAUGUUGUUUUUAUGGCCCAUCCAUCACAAGAGAAUGCUGCUUAUCUACCAGAUAUGGCUGAACAUGAUGUGACUGUGAAAUACUAUGGAAAAGCAUCUCAUUCUGCUGCUUAUCCCUGGGAAGGAUUAAAUGCAUUAGAUGCUGCUGUGCUGGCCUAUAACAAUGUGUCUGUGUUCAGACAGCAAAUGAAACCAACCUGGAGAGUUCAUGGUAUAAUAAAAAAUGGUGGUGUAAAACCCAAUAUCAUUCCCUCUUAUUCUGAAUUAAUCUAUUACUUCCGUGCACCUUCAAUGAAAGAACUUCAAGUUUUGACCAAAAAGGCAGAAGAUUGCUUCAGAGCUGCAGCUUUGGCUUCAGGGUGCACAGUGGAAAUUAAAAGUGGAGGACAUGAUUAUUACAAUGUCCUUCCCAAUAAGAGCCUAUGGAAAGCCUAUAUGGAAAAUGGAAGAAAACUAGGAAUAGAGUUCAUUUCAGAAGAUACAAUGUUGAAUGGCCCUUCAGGAUCUACGGAUUUUGGAAAUGUUACUUUUGUGGUUCCUGGAAUUCAUCCAUAUUUUCACAUUGGAUCUAAUGCCUUGAAUCACACUGAACAGUACACUGAAGCUGCUGGGUCACAGGAAGCUCAGUUCUACACUUUGCGGACGGCCAAAGCCCUGGCAAUGACAGCACUGGAUGUUAUUUUUAAACCAGAGUUACUGGAAAGAAUCAGAGAGGACUUUAAACUGAAACUUCAAGAAGAACAGUUUGUAAAUGCAGUAGAAUAGAAGGAAGACUUAGGGACCGCUUAUAAAUCAAGAAGAUAUGAUGAUUUUUUUUCUUUUAAUCUCUUUUAAUGAAGGCAUGCUUGUUUUUUAAUCUUAAAGGAGUCAAAUUCUUUUUACCUGAUAAGUGAGGACAGGGUGUGGAGAAAACAUAUUACCUCAUAUCUGAAGUGAAAAUUUUUGCAAAUCUGUACUGGAUGGGAUUAUGAUAUUACAGGAGCUGGUGUGUAAUGCCAUUUCUUUUCUUUCCCCCGCAACCACUCACCUUCACAGUAGUGAUACCAUUUCUUAAACUACCUGGAGGAUACAUGGCAUCAUUUUAAUAAAAUAUUUUAAUAAAUCUUUUUAUAAGCCUUACAUGUUGUCUGUAUUUUUAAAAGCUUAAGAGAUUUCAAACCUUGUAUUCAGAAUUGACACCUAUGAGAGUGUUUUGUGGUAUAGGGUGGUAAACUUGUUCUCUAAUCGUGUAUUAUUCCUCUACCAGAUUGUAUAUUUGAAGCCAGUAUCUAUCUUUUUUUUUUUUUUUAAGACAGAGUCUCGCUCUGUAGCCUAGGCUGAAGUAUAGUAACAUGAUCUCGGCUCACUGCAACCUCUGCCUCCCAGGUUCAAGUGAUUGUCUUGCCUCAGCCUCCCGAGUAGCUGGGAUUACAGGUGUGUGGCGCCAUGCCCAGCUAAUUUUUGUAUUUUCAGUAGAGACGGCAUUUCACCAUGUUGGCCAGGCUAGUCUUGAACUCCUGACCUCAGGUGAUGCACCCGCCUUGGCCUCCUGAAGUGCUGGGAUUACAGGCAUGAGCCACCACACCCGGCCUGCCAGUGUAUUUUUAAUACACACGUGUGUUGGUAUUUUUAAAUUGUUACAGUGUCUAGCAUAUUGCUUACUCUGAAUAUUCAGUACUUCUUGAAUAAGCAAAUAUUGCUUCCUUGCUUGGAAUCAUCAAAGUUUAAAGUAGCUUCGUGGAUGGACCAUGAUCCUAAGAUGAGUUUUAAUUGUGAUUAUAGUCAUCUCUUGUACAGCCUGGAGAAGAAAAGAUAUACUUACUACUUUGCUUUGGGUACACAUAAGAAAACCUCUUUUUAAAAAAACUUUUUAUUUUUUUUACAUAAUAGAGGCAGGGGCUCACUAUAUCUUCCAGGCUGGUCUCAAACUCCUGGGCUCAAGCAAUCCUCCUGUCUUGGCCUCCCAAAGUGUUGGGAUUUCAGGUAUGAGACACCACACCUGCCCAUUUUUGUUUUGUUUUUUAAUGGGCAGGUUCUUACUCUGUUUCCCAGGCUAGAGUGCAGUGGUGUAAUCACAGCGCACUGCAGCCUCGAACUCCUGGAGUCAAGCAGUCCUCCCACCUCAACCUCUUAAAGCACUGGGAUUACAGGCUUGAGGCACUGCACCUGGCCCUGACUCAUUUUUUAAAAAGGUUAGGCUGACUUAGUGCAAAGUUUAAAAUUAUACGAUUCUUAAAAUGCAGAAUUAGUUUCUAACCUAAACUAGAGGUAUAGGUGGACCUGCUUGAGAUAUCUUUUGUUUUUAUGGAACAUUUUUAUUACACGCCUUUAUAGUUUUUCAUUGUUCAUGCCCUGUACUGAAACCUUUUUCUCAAUACCAACUCUCGACUGUGUUGAAUUUAUAGACUUUAAAAGAUAUUAUCUAAAUUAAUGGUUUAAAUAUACAAAUUGAGAAUAUUUUCUUUUUAGUGGUAAUUUUAAAAGCGGGCCUUAAUAUGGGACCUGCUUUUAAAGUAAAAUAAUUAUGUGGUACUAUGAAUUACUAAAUUGCUAUAUACCAUGUAAUAGUGAGUAUAGCUAAUAUUUAGUAUGCCUUUUAAAAAUUUUGGACUGCCUUUCAGUUUUAACAAAUUCUCCACAUUAUGUGAACUACUCAAGAAAUUUUCCCUUUUUAAUUGUCUCUAUAACACUCAUAAGAGCUAGGGCAUUAGGAUAAACUAGAAUAUUUUAUGUUUAUGAAUACUUGUAUACACUUAAAAGUGUUUUGAUCUCCCACAAUUUCCCAAAGAAAUGUUUAUUUAUUAAGAGUUGUGUUGAUAUUUUAACGGUUACAAUUUCAGCAGUUGAGUUCAGUGAACAUUGGUUGAGGAGUGCAUAUUUCUAAGCACUGGGUGUAAGAAGGAAAGACACUGCAAGAGGAAGAACUAAGAUUAACAUAAUUUCUUUAGUUUUUCUAUUGCUUGUUAUGUAAAAACUGGGUGGCAGUUCAGAAGGAAGAUUGUUGUAACAGAAGAGUGACAACCAAGAAUUUUUUGAUCAUUAAAUCAGAUUUUGUAAACAGUGGCAGGAACAUGGACUUAAAACAAGGCUUGCUUAUUUGGUUUUGUCAAAAUUUUAUGAAAAUAUGUGAUAUAUAUUUAUACUAAAACUAUAUAAUCCUUAGAUUUAGAAAAGCAAUCAGUUAAUGUCUUUAGCGCACUAAAGCAGUAUUAAACACAGGUACAAGUUGGAAAUUGUAGAAAACUGAAAGAAAACAAAAGACAAAAUGUGUGUGGUAGGGAAUUAAAGAGUUUAAGAUAUUAUAUAAAAUUACGUGUAUUUUCUUCUCUUUUACAUAAAUCAUUUGUGAAAAGUGUGCUCAACUUUUUUACAAGAGUGAUAUUAAUUAGGAUUUGUUUUUCAAUAUAAUUUGGAGACCCUUGGUUAUCCAAAUAAAAAUGAUGAGUCUCUGUGCCUGUUUAAAAAAAAAAAAGAAAGAAAAGACAGUGUGUGUGCCCCAGAAAGCUUGUGGUGGGUAGUAAGUUUUCACAAGAUUUAUUCAUCUGAGAAACGCUGGGACUGAGGGAACAUCUGAAAGCUACCAUCUUGAAAAUUUUUGAGGAAGUGUUUCUGAAAUAUUUAAAAAUACUUCAGUCACUUUAGUCAUUUUGAACAGCAGAAAUUGAUGCAAAAAGUUUUUUUUUUUAAGGAUGAUUGUCUAAUUUUGUAAUAUAUUCUUUUUUAAAAACCUGUCUGAUGGUGUUUUAUACAUUUCUAACUUUUUACCUGAAUUACCUCUUUAGUCUUUUGGAAAAUAUCCUACAUAAGACUAACCUUUAAAACUAUCAGAUUUUUGUUGUAAGAUAAAUGUUAUCUUUGUACUAGAUAGCAACCCUUUAUAAGGUUGUAAGGUAUGAUAAACUGCUUCUUUAUUACAUACUUCAUAGCAAGCAUUUUGCAGUCCAAUUAUAUAGUUGAGGAUGGUGUAUUUUGGUAUAUAUGAAAAUAUUUUCAAGUAAGCAGUCUACUACCAUCAGAUUAUAAGCUUUUUUGUAAUAUUUUAAUAGGUACAUAAAAUAUGUAUGAAAAAUCUAUAAUAAACAUGUUUAUCUGAUA